GGUCCCCGGGCCUUCCCUCGCCAGUCGCCGGGAGACGCCGGCGGCGACGGUGGAGGGAGAGGGUACGCUGCCCACCUCCAGUCAGCAGUGUUUUAUUCUCACUUGUCCCCCCCCAAACGGAGCAAUGAGUAGCGAAGUGACAAUUUAUUAAGAUGCGAAGGUCUGCAGCUCCGAGCCAACUCAGCGGCAACGCCGCAAAACGGUUCAAAUUCGUCCCACCGGGGAGCAGACUCCUGCAGAGGAACGAGACCCCCCGUGAAAGUGGUGAUAAUAAGAACUCCUUGCUGCGAUCCAAAGCAUUGCUCACAACAUGCAAACAGCUUCAGACCAACCCUUCCCUCGAAACCUCAGGAAAUGGGAAUGAACAUGGUUAUUUGGAAACAUCUAAAUCGGAUCAUCUGACCACCUCAACUGGUUUUUCUGCUGAGUUUCCAAGUGCAAACCAAGCUGAUGGUCCCUCUCCCCAGAAACAAUUGAAACCAUCUCAACCAUUUGCAGCACCGAAACGACUUCACGUAUCGCAGCCAGUAGCAUCACAUCAGCCAUCUAGACUCACAAAACACAACGAAGAAAAUGAACCUGACGUGAUCACUGCGUACUACAGUGUCCUGUGGUGUAAACAAUCAAAGAAGAAGCACAAGAAAUGGGAGGGAGACGCCAUUUUGAUGGUUAGAAAGACAUCUGUGUUUCUCAAGGACACAGAAGGCAAAGACAUUGGAAAAGGAACAGGAUACAAAUUAAAAGAACUCGCAAGUCUUUCUGAGGGCCAGACUUUAUUUGUCAGUGGAAAGGAGAUUGAGAUUAUGGGAACAAUUUCAACAGAGGACUUUAUGAGUGGUCGCUGUUUCAACGCCGCCUCUACUGCUGCUUCUUCAGACCCGUCACUGGCGAACUCCGUGCAACAACCUUUGCUGAAACAGUUUACCACCCCGUUGAGAGAUGCCUCUGGAUUCAGCCAAGUAGAAGGCCUGAAAAAACCCUCUGUGGACUGUAAACCAAGGCACGAUCCAACUUCACCAAAUGCUUUAGUAAUGCCACGACCAAAUCUGAGCCACCAGUGGAUGUUUAAUAAAGCCAAUCUGCCACUAGUAGAUGUGGUGGUGGACCCUUAUCUCACCUUUCACUUUCGACCGCACCAGAGGGAUGGUGUGAUUUUCCUUUACGAGUGUAUAAUGGGAAUGAGAGCAUCUGGCAGAUUUGGUGCUAUUCUGGCGGAUGAAAUGGGUCUGGGGAAGACCCUGCAGUGUAUAGCACUGAUUUGGACUCUCAUGCGACAAGGACCUUACGGGAACAAACCUGCCAUCAAGAAGACCCUUGUAGUCACACCAGGGAGUCUGGUAAAAAACUGGGUGAGAGAGUUCCAGAAGUGGCUUGGUCUGGAGAGGUUAAAGGUGUUUGCAGUCGAUCAGGAUCACAAAAUAGAAGAGUUCAUCACUUCGCCGCUUUACCCUGUUCUCAUCAUUAGCUAUGAGAUGUUGCUGCGCUGCCGGGAUCCAAUUCAGAGCUUGCAAUUUAAUCUAUUAAUAUGUGAUGAAGGGCACCGUUUAAAAAAUAGCUCCAUCAAGACAUCCACCGCAAUUCUCAGCCUGUCUUGUGAGAAAAGAGUGAUUCUCACUGGUACGCCAAUACAAAAUGACCUUCAAGAGUUCUACUCUCUGGUAGAAUUUGUGAAUCCAGGUGUUCUUGGAUCCUCAUCCACCUACAAAAAGAUCUAUGAGGAACCCAUCAUCCGAUCACAGCAGCCCUCUGCAACUAAAGAUGAAAAGCAGCUGGGUGAAGAAAGGGCAACGGAGCUCUGCCGAUUAACUGGCCUCUUCAUACUUCGCCGCACACAAGACAUCAUUAACAAUUACCUCCCUCCAAAGACUGAAUGGAUUAUCUUCUGUCGGCCGGCCGCACUGCAGCUUGAACUCUACCACAAACUACUGUCGUCUCGUGCAGUGAAAUCUUUCCUACAGGGAAAGCUGAACAGCAGUCUCCACUUAAUAUGCAUAGGCUUACUGAAAAAACUCUGCAACCACCCUACGCUUCUCUUUAAUACAAUAAAGCAACAUGAGAAAGACUCCGUAAAACCUGAUAUUGACCAACAGUUGGAAAUCAGCCCGUACAGAGAUCUGACCAGCAUCUUUCCGAUGAGCUACCAACCAGACGCAUUAAUUGCAAAUAAUUCAGGGAAACUAAAUGUACUGAAAGAUCUUUUAGCCAGUAUUCAUGCAUUGAGUUCAGCGGAGAGAGUUGUGUUGGUUUCAAAUUACACUCAGACGUUGGACAUCUUGCAAGAAAUGUGCAACUUAUUUGGAUACAGCUAUACUCGACUGGAUGGGCAUACUCCUGUCAGCCACCGACAGCAGAUUGUGGAAUCCUUUAACAGCAGGCACAACGAAAAAUUUAUCUUCUUGCUCAGCUCAAAGGCAGGAGGAGUUGGACUAAACCUGAUUGGCGCAUCUCGUUUAAUUCUGUAUGAUAUCGACUGGAAUCCAGCAAAUGAUGUUCAGGCGAUGGCUAGAAUAUGGAGGGACGGUCAGAGGAGGCCUGUGCACACUUACAGACUACUAACUACAGGGACUAUCGAGGAGAAAAUCUACCAAAGGCAAAUCAGUAAGCAGAGUUUGUCUGGGGCUGUGGUGGACAUGAAGAAGAAGAGAGAACAUGCCAGCUUUUCGCUGGAAGAACUUAGAAAUCUUUUUGAAUUAGAUGAAGGCUCCGAUUGUCUUACCCACGAUCUCCUCUCCUGCGACUGCCUGAGAAAUGGGGAGCUGCCAGCAGUUGCCGCUAAAAGGUCUCUGUCGGCCAGAACCUGUCAACUGGGUUUGAAUUCGGAGGCGGUCGAUUCCCAGGAAAACCUCUCCAUGUCAGAGCUCAUGCAGUGGAAACACUACUCGGGAGAAACUCAACACUUUCCCGAUCCUUAUCUUGAAAGAGCAAAGGAAAAUAUAACCUUUAUGUUUCAGAACUCGACAAGAUCACAGAACGUAGUCAAUUGAGGAAAAAUUAGGAAGCAGUACACAUACCUGCAAUGGAGAAUCUCUUGUAAUUUUGCUGACUUUCACUUCGAAGCUUGGUAGAUUCUGUACGAACGUGGAUUUACUCAAUCCUGACCUCAGUCCAUGGGACCUUUAAAAUGUUUAGGAAGGAACUGCAGGUGCUGGUUUGAACCGAAGAUAGACACAAAAAGCAGGAGUAACUUAGCGGGUCAGACAGCAUCCCUGGAGUAAAGGAAUAGGUGACGUUUUGGGUGGAGACCCUUCUUCAAUCUGAAUACCACGAUUCCACAAUAUGACACAAAAUGCUGGAGUAACUCAUUGAGUCAGGCAGCAUCUCCGGAAAACAUGGAGUCUGAAGAAGGGUCCUGACCCAAAAGGUCACCUCUUCCCUUUCUCCAUUCUUUGAGUGUAGAAGAUUUUGGGGGAUCUUAUUGAAGACCAGCAAAUCUUUAGCCGAAACGUCAUCUACAGUAUUGCUUUUCUCCAGAGAUGCUGUCUGACCCGCUGAGUUACUCCAGCUUAUUGUGUCUAUCUUCAGACUUUUAAUGAUGUUGUUCUUCACGGCUGUGAAUAGCUACGCAGUGUUGGUGUUCCUCAGCCUGGGCAGAGACGAAAUAAGGAAGCAAGGAACUGCAAAUGCUGGUUUCCACAACAUGACACAAGGUGCUGGAGUAGCUCAGGGAGCUAGAGUCAGGCAGCAUCUCUGGAGAACAUGGAGUCUGAGGAAGGGUCCCGACCCAAAACAUCAUCUAUCCAUGUUCUCCGGAGAUGACGCCUGAGCCGCUGAGUUACCCCAGCACUUUGAGUCCUUUCAGAUACAAAGGACUUUCAGAUACAAAGGGCAAAGGUUUUUGUCUGUACCAAAAACAUCUUCCAAUGGAAGAUAGAUGCAAAAUGCUUGAGUAACUCAGCGGGUCAGGCAGCAUCUCUGGAUAGAAGGAAUUGUUGACGCUUCAGAGUGCGGAAGGGUCUCAACCCGAAGCAGCACCCAUUCCUUCUAUCUAGAGAUGCCGCCUGUCCCGCUGAGUUACUCCAGUAUUUUGUGUCUAUCUAUGGUGUAAUCCAGCAUCUGCAGUUCCUUCCUGCAUAUCCUUCAAUGGCAUUGACCUAAAGCAUUUCUCAGAUCCGUCACACUUACUACAGGCGUGAGAAGUGACGCAUGAUCAAUUUGACCAAGGUUAUGUGGAGCUUUGGCCGUUUCACCCAGCUCCUUCGACACUGCACACAACAAAAGCACAGGCUCAGAAAUGAAUCACAAUCGCCAAAAAAAAAACACAUUGUCAUAUUUUAAAUGUCAUCGGCAAUGACUGAAUGCACUUUUCCUUGCAUGCAGCUAACAAGCAGUGACAAUCUCCAGAGAUUAAUCUUCCAAUUGGCUCCUAGUUUACCCCCAUCUGGGGAGGUGAAAUACCAUAAUCAUUUAAGCCUUGUGCUAUCUUUCCCAAGCUAUGAUAUUCAUUGGCACGGUGGCGCAACGGUGGAGUUGCUGCCUCACAGCGCCAGAGACCCGGGUUCGAUCCAGACUCCAGGCGCUGUCUGUACGGAGUUUGUACGUUCUGCGUGGAUUUUCUCCGAGAUCUUCGGUUUCCUCCCGCACUCCAAAGACGUACAGGUUUGUAGGUUCAUGGCUUGGUAUGAAUGUAAAAUUGUCCCUAGUGUGUGUAGGACAGUGUUAAUGUGCGGGGGUCGCUGGUCGGCGCGGACUAGGUGGGCCGAAGGGCCUGUUUCCGCGCUGUAUCUCUGAACUGACCUAAAUCUGGUUUGUAUUGUUGCAAAACAACUUAGCUAGAUAUUUGGCAUCCUACCACACAUUCGUCUCUUGCUCAGAAUGCAGGUGUUUGGCUAGAUUCCCAUCAAAUCUGGUGGCCACAUUGUAAUAAUUGUGUUAUGUUAUGUUAUGCACAUGAGUUCCGUUUGUGGCAUUUCUUUUGAAACGGGCGUUAAAUAAACUUGUUGAAGUAAAA